UUGGUGAGCGUUCCUGUCAUCUCGCUAGGACGGUGCUUGGCCCAGAUGGUCGUGGGACUCUAUCUAGGUGUCGUGGAGUGUCUCCUGCUGGCCGCCAUGGCCUACGAUCGCUGUGUGGCCAUCGUGGACCCCCUGCGCUACCCUGUGCGCAUGGGGUCCCGGUUGUGCAGCCUGCUGGCCGGGACCUCGUGGACGGCGGCAUUCCUGCUGACCGUGGUCCCCGUGAUGACCAUGCCCUUGGAGUUCUGUGGCCGCCAGGUCAUCAAUCACUUCUCGUGCGAGCUCCUGACACUGCUCAAGCUGGCCUGCUCUGACCUGCAGUUCUAUGAGUCGCUCAUGGUGGGCACCAGUGCUCUGACCCUGCUGGCUCCCUUUGCCUUCAUUGUGGCCUCCUAUGGAAGGAUCCUGGUGGCUGUGCUGCAGAUGCGGUCCACGGAGGGCCACGGCAAGGCCUUUUCCACAUGUGCGUCUCACCUCACGGUGGUGGUGCUGUUCUAUGGCUCGGCCAUCGCCAUGUACAUGAUGCCUCAGGACAAGAUCAUCCGCGACCGAGACAUCAUCUCCAUAUCGUACGGCGUCCUCACCCGCAUGAUGAACCCCCUCAUCUACAGCUUGCGGAACAAGGACGUGAAAGGCGCCCUCAGGAGGCUCCUGUGGAGAAAGGCUGACGUCUAA